GGCUCCAUGAAGGGGGCUGAGCCCGAGGCACCAGGCCCUUCCCCGCCCCAGCCCGCCCAAGGGCUCACCAAGGGGGACAAGAGUGAGCAGCCAGGGCUGGACCCAGAGCCCGACACCCACUGGCAGCGCACGGAGGAGGAGGAGGCCCUGAUUGAGUUCCACCGCUCUUACCACGAGCUCUUCCAGUUCUUCUGCAACAACACCACCAUCCAUGGUGCCAUCCGCCUUGUGUGCUCUAAGCACAACCGCAUGAAGACGGCCUUCUGGGCCGUGCUCUGGCUCUGCGCCUUUGGCAUGAUGUACUGGCAGUUCGGCCUGCUGUUUGGAGAGUACUUGAGCUACCCCGUCAGCCUCAGCAUCAACCUGGACUCGGACAAGCUGGUCUUCCCCGCCAUCACUGUCUGCACCCUCAACCCCUACAGGUACAAGGAAAUUAAAGAGCAGCUGAGGGAGCUGGACCGCAUCACGGAGCAGACGCUCUUCGACCUGUACAAAUACAACGCCUCCAGCACCCUCCUGGCCGGUGCCCGCAGCCGGCGCGACCUUGGGGAGACCCUGCUGUACCCGCUGCAGCGAAUCCCGGUCCCUCCCAGGCCCGAAUGUGGUGGGGGCGGGCUCAAGUGCAACCGAGACAAGUCGGACUGCUUCUACCAGACGUCGUCGUCGGGGGUGGACGCGGUGCGCGAGUGGUACCGUUUCCACUACAUCAACAUCCUGGCGCCGCUGGCCGAUGCCUCGCCCUCACUGGAGGAGGAAGCGCUGGGCAGCUUCAUCUUCACCUGCCGCUUCAACCAGGCGCCCUGCACCCAGGCGAAUUACUCUCACUUCCACCACCCAAUAUAUGGCAACUGCUACACUUUCAACAACAAGAAUGAUUCCAGCCUCUGGAUGUCUUCCAUGCCCGGGAUCCACAACGGUCUGUCCCUGACGUUACGCACAGAGCAGAACGACGACAUCCCCCUGCUGUCCACAGUGACAGGGGCCAGGGUCACUGUUCACGGGCAGGACGAGCCGCCCUUCAUGGACGACGGGGGCUUCAACUUGCGGCCUGGUGUGGAGACCUCCAUCAGCAUGCGGAAGGAAGCCCUGCACAGACUCGGGGGCGAUUACGGGGACUGCACGCAGGAUGGCAGCGAUGUCCCGGUCCAGAACCUGUACCCAUCCAAGUACACGCAGCAGGUGUGCAUCCACUCCUGCUUCCAGGAGAGCAUGGUGGAGCAGUGCGGCUGCGCCUACAUCUUCUACCCCAGGCCCAAGGGUGUGGAGUUCUGUGACUACAGGAACCACAGCGCCUGGGGCUACUGCUACUAUAAGCUCCAGGGGGCCUUCACCUCCGACAGCCUGGGCUGCUUCAACAAGUGCAGGAAGCCCUGCAGUGUGACCAACUACAAGCUGUCUGCGGGUUACUCACGUUGGCCCUCGGUGACGUCCCAGGACUGGAUCUUCCAGAUGCUGUCACUGCAGAACAACUACACCAUCAACAAUAAGAGAAAUGGGGUCGCCAAGCUGAACAUCUUCUUCAAGGAGCUGAACUACAAGACCAACUCUGAGUCCCCCUCAGUCACGAUGGUCACCCUGCUCUCCAACCUGGGCAGCCAGUGGAGCCUGUGGUUCGGCUCCUCCGUGCUGUCCGUUGUGGAGAUGGCCGAGCUCAUCUUCGACCUCCUGGUCAUCACCUUCCUCCUGCUGCUGCGGAGGCUGCGGAGCCGCUACUGGUCUCCGGGCAGAGGGCCAAGCCGGGGGAUCUGUGACCUCUGGUCGGACUCCGACACUACUGCCCCCGAAGCUGUCCUAUCCCCAAUGGGGGAGUGA